UAUAUGAAAAUAAUUGUUUAUUGUGAUGGAAGAAACAUAUAGACCGUGCAUUAAUAUUGAUUCUGGCGAUGAAAUCGUUAUUUCAGGUAUUGCUGGUAGAUUUCCAAAUUCAAAUAACAAUCAUUUACAAGAAAAUCUAUUCAAUAAAGUUGAUCUUCUUAGAACAGAUCCUUGCCGAUGGAAAAUAGAGCAUCCAGAUUUACCACAACGGAUGGGAAUAAUUAAUAAUGUAGAAAAAUUUGAUGCUGAUUUUUUUAACGUAUGCUUCAAGCAAGCACACACGCUCGAUCCUAUGACGAGAAUAUUAUUAGAACAUACUUAUGAAGCAAUUGUCGAUGCUGGGAUCAAUCCAAAACAAUUGCGAGGAAAAAAUACAGCCGUGAUUAUAGGAACAAGUUUUCUGGAAUCGCAAGAGAGAUUUAUGUAUGAGAAUCUUCAGGUAGACGGUUUAGGCAUUGUGGGAUGUAGCAAAUCUAUAGUAGCAAAUAUGCUUUCAUAUAUUUUGGAUUUGAAAGGGCCAUCUUAUACAGUCGAUACAACAUGCAGCUCCACUUUUUAUGCCAUGGCUCUUGGUUAUCGUGAUAUCAUGUCAGGUCGAUGCGAAGAUGCCAUAAUUGGAACCUCACAAUUAUGCUUACAUCCCAUCAUAAAUCUGCAAUUCUCUCUUGGCAUUUUUGCUAAAAUUAAUUAA